AUGCUUAUUUUAAAUGUGCUUAGGGCACAGACGAAGUUCUCUGUGUCCCCUGCGGCGAGAUUCUUUUCGCAAUCUAUGAGAUAUAUGCAGGAAAAUGCCAGUAAUAAAGUAACUGAGAAUCCAAUUCCAGAGAUUAAUCCGCAGAUGUUAAAAAUUGUUCCUGAUAAUGAUGAUGUUGCCACGUUAGAAAAGCAAGAUGAUUUGAUCAAAAGACGCCGUAAGUUGGCUAAGGAAAUCACAGUCAUGAAAAAACUAAAACCCGUGUCUCCUGGUUUGAGAUGGUGGAGGAAGCCAAUCUAUCCAUAUUUGCACAAGGGUAGACCCAUUAUGUGGUUAACUCAGGCGAAAAGAAGUACAGGUGGUAGAAACCAUUCUGGUAAGGUUACAGUUCGUCAUAGAGGUGGUGGACAUAAGAGAAGAAUUCGUAUAGUAGAUUUUGCACGUUGGGAAUCAGGACCUCAAACUGUAGAAAGAAUCGAAUAUGAUCCCGGUAGAUCUGCACAUAUUGCACUGCUCAGACAUAACACAAGUGAUCAACUGUCCUAUAUCCUAGCUUGUGAUGGUCUAAGACCUGGUGAUACAGUUGAAUCGUACAGAAAGGGUAUUACAAAGGAACUUUUACAAGAAAUGGGUGGUAAAGUUGAUCCUGCUAUUUUAUCCGUCAGAACAGCUCAAAGAGGUAACUGUGUGCCUAUAUCAAUGAUUCCAAUCGGUUCCAUUGUUCACAACGUUGGAUUAUCACCUGUGGGGCCAGGUAAGUUUUGUCGUGCUGCUGGUACCUAUGCUCGUAUUUUGUCCAAGUGGCCUGAGAAGAAAAAGGCAGUGGUACGUCUACAAAGUGGUGAACAUCGUUACGUCUCUUUAGAAGCUUGCGCUACUAUUGGUAUUGUUUCUAAUAUCGAUCAUCAAAAUAGAUCGCUUGGUAAAGCCGGUAGGUCCAGGUGGCUUGGUAUAAGACCCACCGUUAGAGGUGUUGCUAUGAAUAAAUGUGAUCAUCCUCACGGUGGUGGUCGUGGUAAAUCUAAGUCUAGAAAGUUAUCUGUAUCUCCAUGGGGUCAACUAGCAAAAGGUUACAAGACUAGAAGAGGUAAACACCAGAAUAAGAUGAAGGUUAGAGAUAGACCAAGAGGUAAGAUGUCAAGAGUAUGA